AUGGCACAGGUGAGGUUUCUGCAGAAAAUCAUGGCCGUUCUAUCUGCUAACAACACAGCUGCUGUGAACAACGCUGAUACUUGCCUGGUGGGCUGCUUCCUUAUUGACAUCCCUGGGCUGGAGCACCUACACAUCUGGCUCUCCAUCCUCUUCCACACCAUGUUUGUAGAUGCUCUGGCAGGCAGUGGCAUUUUAAUUUGUGUCAUCCUCUCCCAGCCAAGCCUGCAGGAGCCCAUGUACAUAUUCCUGUCCAUGUUGGUCAGUGCUGAUAUCUUGCUCUCCACUUCCACCAUGCCCAAAGCACUGGCUAACUUCCGGCUAGGGAGCCAAAUUUCCUUUGAUGGCUGCCUCACCCAGAUGUUCUUCAUCCACUUCCUUUUCGUGGCUGACUCUGCAGUCCUCCUGGCCAUGGCCUUUGACCGCGACAUGGCCAUCUCUGCCCCUUUGAGAUACGCCACAAUCUUCACCAGCACAGUCAUUGGGAAGAUCGUCGCUGCCACGCUGGCCCACAGCUUCAUCAUCAUGUUUCCACCCAUCUUUCUCCUGAAGCGCCUGCACUACUGCUGGAUCAACAUCAUUACACAUACAUUUUGUGAGCACAUGGGCAUCGCCCGUAUGUCCUAUUCUGAGAUCUCCAUCAGUGUCUGGUUUGGGUUGGCAGCUGCUCUACUCUCCACAGACCUGGACAUCAUCCUUAUCACUGUUUCCUGCAUUUACAUCCUCCAAGCUGUCUUCCACCUCCUUUCUUGAGAUGCCUGGUCCAAAGCCCUGAUUACUUGUAGCUCCCACAUCUGUGUCAUCCUACUCUUCUACAUCCCUGCCCUCUUUUCUGUCUUUGCCUAUAGGUUUGGUGGAAGCCGCAUCCCACACUAUGUCCAUAUCCUCCUGGCCAACCUCUAUGUGGUCAUCCCACCUAUGCACAGUCCCAUUAUUUAUGGAGUGAGGACCAAGCAGAUUUUGGAAAGGGCUAAAUAGAUGUUUUCAAAUCUUGCCAAGAAAUAUAAAUAA